AUGGCAAUAAACUGGCUUCUACUCGUAAGCAGACAAGGAAAAGUUCGUCUUACAAAAUGGUUCAUCACAAUUCCACCAAAAGAAAAAGCAAAAAUUGUUAAAGAUGCAACACAAUUAGUUCUUGCACGAAGAGUGAAGAUGUGUAACUUCUUGGAAUAUAAAGAUCAAAAAAUCGUCUAUAGAAGAUAUGCAAGUCUAUUCUUUGUGGCAGGCAUCAAUCAAGAUGAUAAUGAACUGAUAACACUCGAAAUUAUACACAGAUAUGUCGAAAUACUUGAUCGUUACUUUGGCAACGUUUGUGAGCUUGACUUAAUUUUCAAUUUUCAAAAGGCAUAUUUCAUCUUGGAUGAGCUUUUAAUAGCAGGCGAAUUACAAGAAACGAGUAAAAAAUCUGUCCUUCGAGUGAUUACACAGGCAGAUCAGUUCGAAGAGCAAGAAGGAAACGAGCCAAAGGCUGGAUAA